AUGCUUACAAUCGGCAAAUAUCUUAAGAUAUGUGAACGUAAUUCUCCGGAUGUCAACGAUUGUCUUGUGGAAGCUAUUCAAAAUGGUAUCAACACUAUGGCUGGUGGAAUAAAAGACAUUGGGGUCCCAGCCGUCGAUCCUUUCUUUCAGAAAGAAAUCCGUUUUGAUUAUAAAAAUAAUCUGAUAAAGGCUAAGAUGGCUGUAAAAGAUUCGUGGGUUAGAGGUCUGAAAGACUCGACGGUUAAAGACGUGAGGUUGCGGGCAGAUGACGACAGUUUUUAUAUGGAAGUAGAUAUGUUUUCACCAGCUAUAUCUGUUGACGGCAAAUACGAAGGUGGAGGCAGUUACAAUGAUUUAAACGUUACUGCCUAUGGAGACUACGUAACGAAUAUGACUGAUCUUGUUUACACUUGGAAAUUGGAGGGAAAACCUGAAACUAUUGGAGACGAUGUCUUUGUUCGAAUUACGUCGUUCUACAUGAGACCAGACGUUAGUAACAUGAAUGUCCACCUCAGCAAUGACUCUCCUAGCAGUAAGGAUUUAACGGACUUGGGCGUGAAAUUAGUGAAUGAGAAUUGGAGAUUAUUGUAUAAAGAGUUGCUGCCAUUUGCUCAAAAUAACUGGAACAAAAUUGGAAUAAAGGUUGCUAACAAGAUAUUCCUGAAAGUACCGUACAAUAAACUGUUUCCUAACAAUUAG